AUGGAUACUCUUCUUACUGCCGAUGUCAUGGCUAGUUCACCAAACUGGAAGCGCAGAUCAAGCACCUUCGUUGACGCUAUCCAUGACUUGCCCGAGAAGGAAAGCAUGGCUCCUGCUCAGCUAUACAGCACCGAGUCUGGCCGUCUGUUCCACUCCGGUAGGAUAGUCAUCGCUACCGUUGGCCUGCCUGCUCGUGGCAAGACUCACACCUCAGUUGCUCUGGCUAGAUAUCUACGAUGGCUUGGUGUUAAGACCCGUAUAUUCCAUCUUGGUGAUUACAGGAGAGCGACCAUGGGCGAUGGCAAAGAAGUCCCUGACGAUUACUUCUUUAUCAACGCUUCUCCUUCUUCGGUCCUACUCCGCCAGAAGAUUCUCCGAAAGUGUAGGGAGGACAUUUACGAUUUCCUCGAGCACGAGAACGGUCAAAUCGCCAUUUACGACGCAGUAAAUCCUUCUGCUGCAGGUCGCAUUUCCCUCGCCAAAGAGUUUUCCAAGCAUAACGUGCAGACACUCUUCAUCGAGUCGCACUGUACAGAUGAGAAGAUCAUCGAGGAGAACGUCCGCAGCGUCAAAAUCUCGUCUCCCGACUACCAAGGUUGGUCGGACAAAGAUGCUGUCAAAGACUACCUGGCCAGAAUCAACGCUCGUAUUCCUCACUUUGAGUCCAUGGAAGAAGCUGAGCUGCAUUACGUGAAAAUGAUCAACGCCGGAGAACGUGUGGUUGUCAAUAACUGUGCCUUCAAUUACCUUUCUCAGCGUAUCGUCUUCUACCUUCUGAAUCUCCACACCAAGCACCGCUCGGUUUACUUUGCCAGAGCCGGUACGACAAGAGAUGAAGACUCUUACAAAGCUGACGCUUCGCUUUCCGAGGAUGGUGUGACCUACUCGAAGAAGAUGAGCGAUGCCCUGAUUAGCCACAGAGAGGACGAGCGCAGGCAACUCAUCGACAGAGGUGGUCCUGAUAUCCCAUUGAAGCCCCUGACAAUCUGGACAUCUACUAGACGACGCACGGUCGAGACAUCCCACUACCUGGAGAGUCUGGGAUACUCUGUCAAGCAACGUCCUCAGAUGAGUCAACUCAAUCCUGGCGUAUGCGAGAAAAUGUCCGAAGACAAGAUUCGAGAACAGUACCCCGAAGAGGUGCGCAAGCAUGAGCUUGACCCGUACCACCAUCUUCGUUUGGAGCCUAUCAUUCUGGAGCUGGAGCGCGAGCAAAACGAUCUUCUGAUUGUGGCCCAUGAGAGUGUACUGAGAGUGCUUUAUGGUUACUUGAUGGCUUGUGGUGCACGCGACAUCCCGAAGUUGCAGUUCCCUCGUGAUGAGAUUAUUGAGAUCGUCCCUGCAUCCUACAACAACGAAGCCAGACGUAUUCACGUCUCCGGUGUCCCAGCUCAGAUCGUACCCGACAGCCCUGAAGACUUGAAGCUUCCUGUGCCUCCAUCGGGUGCAAUCACUCCCUUCUCUGGUCUCGGUACACCUGAAGGCACAAGCACACCCGAGGUAAGGGAGGAGGAAGGAGCCAAGCCUUUGCCGAUGGUGAAUAUUCAUCCCAGCAGAUAA